UUGGAUUUAGUUGCCAAAUGAAUCUUAACAUUGGCGCAUGUGCCUUCGCGGUGUGACGGAUUGCGGAGGAGUUUGAAUAGAAAGGGACAUUUUCGUUUCAGUGAGAAAAUUAAAAUAAUAGAAAUACACCACCAGAGCCCUUGAAAAAGAGAGCAUUUUUGAAUUUCGUCCUCUUUGCUGCACUACAAUCAUCCCCCUCUUGUAUUUUAUGAAAGUCGUAACGGGAAGAGCCGAUUAUAUGUAGAUAUGAUUAAAUGAGUUCUGUUUUCGAUAUGCAGAAGUUUGUUCGCGUGUUAUUAAAAUUUACAAGCUUCUUAAAACCACAUCCAAUAGCAUGCUGAGUUAGUGUGUUGAAUAUGUGGUUAGUUGCUCAUGGAGGGUAAACAUUUAUAAACAAAAUUGUGUAUUUCCAUGGCUUUAGAAAAUCUGAAAAAGUAAUUCCAAACGCAAACAACGCUACUUUGGUCUACUGCAACAAGGUCCAUCCACCCGUCUCCACUUCAUUCAACCCCUGUGAAAGUUGCUAACAUUUAAAAUAUAACAGUUUAACGUUAACAUACGUUUAGGCGUGUGCGUGUGAGUGAGUUUAACAAAAAUAUUAUAUAUGUGCACGAAACGGGCAUAUUGACGAUUAUAUAGACUGUCGGAUAGAAACGACCUUACCAAGCCAGGAAUAAAACUAAAUCACCUAAAUUCCUUAUUACAUAAACGGUAGGACUCGCAAAUGUACUAGGAGGGACGAAAUCAUCACAUGUUUUGGAUUUUCCAAUAGAACAUCGCAGCUGGUUUGCCUCUGAAAAUGUGUUGGCUGAAUUUUCAUAUGUGGCUACUUGGUCUUUAGCGUUGCCGUUCCUUUAGGUUGACCUGUGGAUGGCACAUCAAAUCGUGGGAAUAUUGAGGAACAAGCAUUCGAAUGGACACUUUGCAGUGUUCUAUAGAAGACCCUUAUGGGAUAUAAGCCAAUUUGUACAAGAAGAGAAAUAAAUUACAAGCCGCUGACUUUUACUCCUUGGAAUGAUUCCAAACUACAGGCAUCAGGGCAUCGGACAUCCGCGUCAACUGAAAGACGGUACAGACAUACCAACAACUGUUUACGCUAAACUGCUUAUGAGACAAAGUGUCAGCGCAAAUGAGAAAUUUCAAGCAACAUGCAACCGGGCAACAAUCAAGCAGAAGAAAGUGAAGACGCUGUAGACACAAAGCCGAAGAGCGACGAAAAUUUGCUAGACAACAUUGGUAGCGGCAUUACCGUUAUUUCUGCGCUCGGUGAUGAAUGCGACGCUGCCGAAGGUAACAAAGAAACACAAAAUGUUGGAGACAAUAUUAUUACAAUAACAACAACGAGCAUAAAUAGCUACGCUAAAAAUCCACAGCUACACUCGGAGCUGACCACAGUUCCAAAUCAAAAGGCAAGUGCUAAUCGUAACAGCAGAGUUUUACAUAUUUUCAAUCAGAAGGUAUCCCCGACAGCAGAAAACGGACUAACCACUUCCCAGUUGCACAGAUUACCUAGAAUUUGGAACAGAGCAAAAUUUGUGUCUUUUCAAAAUAAUAUUGCAACCCUCCAUCACCGCAAAGGACGACGUUUGCAUGGUCUUCAAACUCCGCUUCAUCCUCUUCAAUUGUUUGGUUGGUUUGUACUAGUGCUUUUCGGACUAGCAGCCUAUGGAAUAUUAGUACCAUCGUUUAGUACAUCGAUUCAGGGCCCGUUGUACGGUCUCAUCACUGGAUUGUAUAUUGUUCAUAUUGUGUCCCACUUAGCCGCAUUGCUCAUAGAUCCAGCAGACCGGGAACUGCGUCGACUGCAUCGAAACGACCGAAUCGUACCAGAGUUUGACAGAUCCAAACACGCUCAUGUCAUUGAGAACGGCCGAUGUCAUCUGUGUAAUAUCCGAACCUCUUCAAAUCGAACAAAACACUGCUCAGUCUGUAACAAGUGCAUUGGAAAAUUUGACCACCACUGUAAGUGGUUGAAUCACUGCAUUGGCUCCCGAAACUAUGUAGCAUUCCUAAUGUGUGUCGUUAGUGCGGUUUGUGCUGCUCUAGUGAUCGUGGUGGCCGUAGUAGCACAGAUUGCUUUUUAUUACUGGCGUCCGGAAUGGUUGAGUAAUUGGUACGAAAAUAAUGAGAUUUCCAGCAAAAGAAAUUUGGGGUUCUCGGAUUUGAAUAUAUCACGUGUUGGAAAUGCAACAGAUGGCAUAGGCUACGCACUUGACGACGAUGAAAUUUCUAUGAACCAGUCGGUUGCAAUCUCUUUACUUCAAAACUUGACAUCUGUACAUGCCGGCAUUGCAGCAAAUAAUACGGACAACAAUAUCCUGCUAUAUAUGAACAAUGCGACACAGAAUUCAAACCAUUUGGCGAACACUGGUAACAACACCUUCGCCCACAACUCAUCAUCGUCGAUGACUUUCGCUGGCAUAGCAGUAAACCAACAAAUUUUUUUAGUAUUGAUUGGCUGUUUGGGUUUGCUGGCAGCUAUAACAGCGGGGCUGCUGCUUCAUUUAUGUUUUUUCCACAUUUACAUUUCCUUUUUGGGGCUAACAACAUACGAAUAUAUACGAAAUCACAAGCAAGCCCAAGAAGCCAAAAUCAAGCAGCAAGCCAAAGCGACAGGAGAAGAAUUGGAAGGUAGUAAUCCAAUCCAACAUCCGUCCACAAUUAAGAGAGGAAGAAACUGUGGUCAAGUGUUUAUAUGCUCCACACGACUGCACCCGAACAGCGUCGCUUCUUAUGAUAACAAACCAAACAUAACACGUUCUCUAGAUGAAAAUUCAUUUUUUAGUUUACACUGCUGUGCCAAUUCCCGGGAAUACCAUCAGACUGCCUUAGAUACAUACUACAUGUGCUCCCUGCUGGACGAGAACCAUUUGAAGCCCAAACUUAAUGUAGCGCACAUUUCCGGAUUAGAGGAUGACUUGCAUGCACUACCCUCCACAGAUGAGGCCCAUGUUUCACAGUCUUUCCAUUGCUGUUCAUCAUUUAAAGCGUCCUCCUCACAGCGGCGAGUAAGUGCAGCAACGUCUAAAGCCACACUGGUAACUAAUUUGGAAAAUAUGGCGGCUUUGAAUGACAGGCGGAGAUAUGUCCAGUACACCGAACAGUGUACCUUCUGCACAUUCCAAUUACGUAGUCCGAUUGUUUGCCAAAAAGACAAAAGUGCGACAUCCAAUAAAAAUCUGUGCUUAAAUUUUCUACGAAGUACCAAUUCAUCCCGACAAGCAUCUGCAAAAUCUCAAUCAUCAUCGUCUACUUCACAAAAAAGGUGUUGCAUGCAAACUAUUUCCAAGCAUCAGAGAUGGCGGAGAAAAUGGAAUUGCUGUUCGGCUGUACCAGACAGCCCUGACAUUCCAAAUGACAUUACAGCUGAAUUAACUAUGAGGAACAACCACGAGUUUAGCACAAAUCUACACGAAAAAAAGGUCCUGUCGAAAAUGACGAGCGAAAGGGCGACAGAUUUUCGACAAAAACAUCAUAUACACAGAACAUGGCCAGUGGCCCGAUUCCGCCGUGUUAUGCGAGCCAUAAACCGCUAUCGACGACCACAAUGCAGGCUUGCAAAUGUAGACGAUAAUCUCGAGACGAAUUUGAAGCAAAACAAAGUGAGACCUGUUCCUCUGAGUGCAGAGACAAACAGUUCGAGUCUCACAGAAUCUGACGGCAGUUCACCGCGUCCAGCAUCAACAGUGUCGGUGUCUUCGACCAAUUCUAGCAAUAAAAAUAUCUACAACGACCACAAAUAUAAGCCUGUAUCAGACUCGAUUGGAGCAACGUACACAACUUCUCUGCUGCCAACUUCGGUUAUUCGAGACGACACUUCGGUGACUUAUAGCACCACUCCAGGAGGUAUAAUCCUUCCACCAGCAUUGCCUCCCCCCACAAGGAGGAAAAUACCCAUGAAUGCCGACCUUGAUGAACUAGUGGAGACCUUAACAUUUGCUUCAUACAGUACAUCUAACAAUGCAUUUUCGACCUCGUAUGCACCUAUACAGCGGUUACCCGCUGCAAAUAGCAUUUUUCGCAGACCGAGGCGAAAACACUUUCUUCUGACUAGGUCGCCCACGCUAUCGCCAAUUCACGAAUCUGGCUUGUCGAAUCCUACAUCACCUCAGCCAUGCCGCCAUGUAGCAACAACCUGCAGCACUGUGGUAGCCAACAGUAUAUGUGGCCCGUUGAUAGCAAAGCAACCUGACACAUCACCAAGCCACUCGUCCAACAGUGAUACGACAUAGGCACAAUUAGAUAUGUCAUUCCUUUGUAACUGGAGGCCAACUUAACUAAAUAAACGCGUGAAUCUCUAAACCUCCGGCCGUUACUUGUCUGAACAGUGUUGUUCCACACCGUCCAAACGUUGGAAAAUUAAUAAUAUGUAAUGUACAUAAAUAAAAAUAAUAAAUAUAUAGAUAAGUUCGUUGCUGGAAUAACCUAAUACACCUGUA